CAUGUCUGACGAAGAGUAUGAAGACUAUGGCUUUGAGUACUCCGAGGAAGAGUCCGAAGAAGAAGACGUUGAUAUUGAAAACCAGUAUUACAACUCUAAGGCAUUGAUUGAAAAUAAUCCAGAGGAAGCUCUCAAAGGGUUUGAACAAGUACUUGCCAUGGAGUCUCAAAAAGGGGAGUGGGGUUUUAAAGCACUCAAACAAAUCGUAAAACUAUUAUUCAAACACGGAAGAUACGGAGAAAUGCUAGAAAGAUAUAGAGAACUUCUUUCUUACAUCAAAUCAGCAGUUACUAGGAACUAUUCCGAAAAAAGUAUCAACAAAAUAUUAGACUAUGUUUCUUCUUCUCAACAGUUGAGUUUAUUACAAGAGUUUUAUGAGUGUACCUUGAAUGCUCUUAAACAUGCAAUGAAUGAAAGACUUUGGUUCAAAACCAAACUGAAACUUGGCAAGUUGUAUUUUGACUCGGGUGAGUACGGUAGAUUGUCUAAAGUCAUACGUGAGUUGCACGAGAGUUGUCGCAAAGAAGAUGGUACAGAAGAUCAGAAAAAGGGUACUCAACUUUUGGAAAUAUAUGCACUAGAAAUACAACUUUAUACGGCUACCAAAAAUAGUAAAAAGUUGAAGCAGUUAUAUGAACAAGCAUUACAAGUCAAAUCAGCUAUUCCUCAUCCACGGAUUAUGGGAAUCAUUCGAGAGUGUGGUGGAAAGAUGAAUGUUGAAAACAAAGACUUUGAAUGUGCAUUUAGUGACUUUUUUGAAGCUUUUAAGAAUUAUGAUGAAGCUGGAAGUCAACGAAGAAUUCAGUGUCUUAAGUAUCUUGUGUUGGCAAAUAUGCUUUCAUUAUCGGAAAUCAAUCCGUUUGACUCUCCCGAAGCAAAACCUUAUGUGGACAAUCCAGAAAUUAUAGCAAUGACUAGUUUAGUUGAAGCAUAUACGAAAAAAGAAAUCCACGAGUUUGAGCGCAUAUUGGAAGAAAACAAGGACAAGAUCAUGGACGAUAGCUUUAUUCGUGCACAUAUCCAAGAAUUACUAAGUCGUAUUCGAACACAGUAUCUUCUAAAGUUGAUACAGCCGUAUACUCGAAUUGAACUUGCCUUUAUUGCAAAAGCGCUCAACAUACCACAAGCAGAUGUGGAGUCUCUGUUGGUAUUGCUGAUUUUGGAUGAGGAAAUUGUAGGUUCGAUAGACCAAGAACGAGGUAUCUUGGAGUUGCACCGUCAGAAUAGUAGUAAGGCAAGUGAUAAGGUUCCUUAAUGGAGAGAUAAAUACUGAAAUUUGGAU